AUGAAAAAUAAAUUAAUAUAGACUCUGAAAAAUAAACUGUAAAUUCAGGACAGCUAAGUUAAAUUGCUCUAAUUCUAUAAAAAGUACUGCUUGCCAACAUCUGAAACCUCCAGUAUUAUAGACAUAUUCUAAAUUAGAUUCCAUAAAGUCCUUGCAAAUGAAGGCUUACUUCAAUUUGAUAAUGAAUAAAUCCUUUUUCUUUGGAGGACCCUUUUGUAUAAAAUAUGGCAUAAACAUGGUUUCAAAUCCAGCUACUAUUAUGUACUCCCCUUUAUUUUUUAUUGGGUACGGAGUCUGUAAUAAAAGUAUUAUAAAAUAUAGGCUACUCUGCUUAUGUGUACUUUGAAGGUCUGAGGAACAGAAACCUAUCUGAAAUUAACAUUUUGGCUUUGAGAGAAAUGUCGCUUCAAACCUAUGAACAUUUAUUGUAUUUGGAUGCUGAAUUUCAUUUAAAUACUUCUUCGAGAUCAAAUAUCUACUCCCUGUAUAAGGCCUAGAAGGGAAUCGAAUCAAACUUAAGGUCUUUGAACCAAUAUUUCCUCCCUCUUUUAGCAGACAUUUCGUUAACGACAACCAUACUUUGUUUUAAUUUUGGUUGGCCAUUCUUUACAUCCUUUUUGGCAACAUUUGCUGCCUAUACUGCAUUCACAAUUCGGUAUUCAAAUGUAUGAUUGUUGGACUUAUUUAAUUAGUAUAGAAGAAAAAUAAUAUCACAGAGAAAGAAACAAGAAAAGUUAGCAGAUUUUACAAUUUCACAAGCUUUGGAUAAUCUAUUCACAGUCAAAUACUUCAGUGCUGAAAAGUAUGAACUCAAGAGAUACAAUAAUCUAUUAGAAGUAUCUAGAUUAUCUUAACAAGAAAUUGCAACAAUUAUCAAUUGAUACUUUUAGAACAUUAGCCACUCUCAAUGCAGUCUAAAGAUUUAUACUCUCCAUGGGAUUGACGGUAAAUUUAGUCUUAGGAGUCAGCGGUGUAUAAGCUGGUGUAAUUACUCCAGGCGAUUUGAUACUUAUUCAGUCUCUUAUGCUUCAAUUGAUUCAGCCAUUAUUCCAAUUAGGAACCAUGCACAGAGAAUGGGUUGAAUCUGCCAUUGACAUGAAGGACCUAUUAUAGAUAAUGACGAGAGUUCCCAAAAUCCAGGAAUUACCGAAUGCAAAGGAUUUUGUCUACCAGACAGGUUCAAUCAGCAUCUAAGACAUUUCUUUCGAGCAUAUUCAAAAUAAGCAAUUGUUUAAGAAUUUUAAUUUGUAAAUCAAAGGAGGUGAAUGGAUUGUCAUUGUAGGUGAAAGUGGAAUUGGGAAAUCCACAUUAUUUAAUUUAAUUGUAAGUAAUUCAGACUAUUCAUUUAGUUUAGGUUGUUGGAUCCUUCCUAGGGAAAUAUAUUAAUUGAUGACUAGAAUAUCAAGACUUUGAAGUUGGACUCAUUUCGUAAAUAUUUUGGAAUUGUGGCACAGCAAUCGUAUUUUUUUAAUGAUUCCAUCAAAAACAAUCUCUUGUAUGGUCUUGACUUGAUUUACGAUCUUACACCUGAGAUGAUCAAGCAGAAGGAGGAGGAGAUGAAGAGACUGUGUGCUUAAUUGAAGUUGUCAAAGUUGAUUGAAUCAUUGCCAAAUCAAUAUGAUACUUAGAUGGGAGAUUAAGCAAGUAAAGAGUGCUUGGAGUAUUUAGAUAAGUUUUCUGGGGGUGAAAAAUAGAGAUUACAAAUCGUAAGGUGUUUGUUGAGGGGAGCCAAGAUAUUAUUAUUGGACGAACCCACUUCUGCUUUGGAUCAAAACAAUGAGCAAUUCUUUAUUGAGACCUUGGAAUAGGUGUUGAAGAUCCAAGAUCUUACAGUGUUGAUCAUUACUCAUAGAUUGCAUUUGACUAAGGUAGCAGACAAGAUUUUGUAUUUGGGGAAGAAUUGCCAAUACGAAUAUGUAAAUAUAUUCAAUUCUAAAAGAGGGCACUCAUGAUCAAUUGAUCAAGAAUCAUUAGGCUUACAAUAUGUAUUGGGAAAAGUAUUAGAAGCAAUGA